CGGGGAGCGGCGAGGUCGGCGUGUUGGGCCGGUGCCGGCGGAGUUUCUUUGUGGGAUACAGUGGCAGGCUGGCCGAUCCCUCCUUCGGAGGCAUUAAUGCAACAUGCACUCCGCGAACGUUUCCCGGGCUCCCGUGUGCAAUUCUCGGCGCUAGGCCUGGGGGAUAUGGCCCACUAUGGACCGAGCACGGUGGCCUGGCUCAGUUUGAUGGGUUACCCCAGAAGGGUGGAUACGGGAAGGUUAAGGUUGAUGGAGGAGAAACGUGGAGUAGGCUUUUUGUCUUGAUUUCGCAUGAACUGUGCCUGAAAUGUACUUUUAAGUGGGGAAGGUGCUCAGAAGAUUUGUGCCGAAACGCCCUCUUCUCGAGAUUUAACUAAUUGUUCUCUCCUCUCUCUGGCUGUUGGACGCGCACCUUUCCGGAGGAUGGGGGAGGCUGCUCUUUGGCGUAAAUUGCAAUCAAUUAGGGAUCGUUUCUCAGAAUCCAGUUAGAAGUGAGAGUUCAGAUAAGUGAGGCCGUCAUUGCUGCUUUGAACACCUCAGAAGGGGAGAAUGGAUUUAUCAGGAGUGAAAAAGAAGAGCUUGCUAGGAGUCAAAGAAAAUAAUAAAAAGUCCAGCACUAGGGCUCCUUCUCCUACCAAACGCAAAGACCGCUCAGAUGAGAAGUCCAAGGAUCGUUCAAAAGAUAAAGGGGCCACCAAGGAGUCGAGUGAGAAGGAUCGCGGCAGAGACAAAACCCGAAAGAGGCGCAGUGCUUCCAGUGGUAGCAGCAGUACCAGGUCUCGGUCCAGCUCGACCUCCAGCUCAGGCUCUAGCACCAGCACUGGCUCAAGCAGUGGCUCCAGCUCUUCCUCAGCAUCCAGCCGCUCAGGAAGCUCUAGCACCUCCCGCAGCUCCAGCUCCAGCAGCUCCUCCGGCUCUCCAAGUCCUUCUCGGCGCAGACACGACAAUAGAAGGCGCUCCCGCUCCAAAUCCAAACCACCUAAAAGAGAUGAAAAGGAGAGGAAGAGGCGGAGCCCAUCCCCUAAGCCCACCAAAGUACACAUUGGGAGACUCACCAGGAAUGUGACCAAGGAUCACAUCAUGGAGAUAUUUUCCACGUAUGGGAAAAUUAAAAUGAUUGACAUGCCGGUGGAAAGGAUGCAUCCCCAUCUGUCCAAAGGCUCUGCAUACGUAGAGUUUGAGAAUCCAGAUGAAGCUGAAAAGGCGCUGAAGCACAUGGACGGAGGACAAAUUGAUGGCCAGGAGAUCACUGCCACCGCUGUGCUGGCACCCUGGCCUAGACCACCCCCCAGGCGAUUCAGCCCUCCCAGGAGAAUGCUGCCACCACCACCCAUGUGGCGCAGGUCUCCCCCACGGAUGAGGAGAAGAUCCCGCUCCCCAAGGCGCAGGUCCCCUGUGCGCCGGCGAUCACGCUCCCCAGGCCGCCGCCGCCACAGGAGCCGCUCCAGUUCCAACUCCUCCCGUUAAGCAGGCCACUGAAUCUCUCACCCCUGUAACUUAUACCCCACCCAGCUCAGUUUUGUCACCUUUCUAGCCAAAGGGAGAUCAGUAGGAAAGCAAACCCCUCACUUGGGCAGGCAUUGCAGGCAGCAGGCAGCACUCCUCUGCCGGCUGGGCUCUGGCUGCCGAAGUGCUGUUGGUGUGUGUUGUGCCUGCCAAGAUGCCCUCCGAGUUUCUGGCUAGAAAGCUCACCCGUUUUCAGUUUCUGAGAGUCAGUUCAGUGACAGAGCCACCAGGGAUGAGUGAGGCUCUUGGGGGGGUGGGGGGUGACCCUGCCUGCCUGGGAGCACAUAUUUCCCUUCCCUGGUGACCAGGGAUGGUGGCCAGGCCUUGCCCUUGCUGUUGCUGUACAGUGUCCUUUUGGAAAGGGAGCUGUCCUGGGCUUUACUUUAGUGCAGCUGCCAACCCUGUUAGGCCCGGCCUCUUAAAGCCUCUUCCAAUUUCAAGGGUCAGACAUCCCCUAAGAGCCUCUCACCCGUGGUAGUUGCUGUGCAUGGUUCUCUGUCCGUGCACUCAUGCACACACCCCACCCCAUCGCCCUACUGUGAAACUGAUGAGUGAGUUGAGAGCCAGCUUUGCUGGGUCACCAUGCAGCCCCAGUUGUGCCUGCCCUUCAGGUUACCUUGGCAACAUGUACAUUGCUUUUUUUUUUUUUUGCUUUUAUUGUACAGUCAGUACUAUAAAAUUUGUUUGAGUUUUAAAACUUUGUAGCAUUUUAGAUGACAUUGUGUUUGUACUUUGUUGUGUAGAGUGGAAGAAUUGUGUUAAAUAAAUGCAGGAUUGGAAUGCAGGUCUA